AUGUCAAGUUAAAAUAUUUGUACAAUAACCUCAAAAUUAAACGUCAGAUUUAUAGUAAUUAUUAACAAAUUUUAUUUAUUCGUUAUUAUAUUAAAUUUAUGAAGGAGUAAUAAGAAAUCUCGUUAUGUAAAAGUCACUAUUAACCUCGGAGUUUUCAUUGAAAAUUUAUAUAUUUACAAUGAGUGCAAAUAGUGCUAACAGUGGUGACUUAGAAACCCGAGAAGAAUAUAUGAAGAAAUUGUUAUCAUGGAUUGAAGAUGCCAAGAACUGGCAAAAAGACCAGCUACAACACCUGGAAAGAGCUAGAACUAAUUCAGGAAACCCUAAUGAAGUUCCUUUUUUACUAAAUCAAGAAACACUUGAUGGUUAUGAGUAUAUUGUUCCACCACUGUGGAAAAGGGUUGUAGCAGAACUAAUUGACUUUUGUUUUCUUUUUAUUGUUAAAACAUUUAUUAUAUUCUCAAUACUAGAAAGUUUUGAUAUUAUAUCUGCUGAUGAUCUGGGAAUUUUUAACAAAAAUUUACAAAAUGCUGAUAUCAUGUACCAUAUGUCCAUGGAGUUUUUAAUAUUAGAAAUACUGCAUAGAUUUGUGGUAUUUUGUUAUGAGACAUUAUGGUUGAGUUUAGGGCCAAGAGCAACACCUGGGAAAAUGUUUAUGGGUCUUAUGGUUGUUGAGGCAACUGUUGUAGCCCCUAUUGAAGGUCGUGCACAUGAGACUGUAAAAGUAUUUACAGGUACUCAAUUAACAAUUAAAGAAGCUUUAACAAGGUCUAUUGUCAAAAGUCUAACUUUUGCAAUACCCCUUUGCUUUGCUAUACUGUUUUUCAAACACAACCGCACUGGUUAUGAUUUAAUGUCCCAUACUAUUGUUGUACAGUACAAUCCAAAUCCCCCUCCUGCAAUAUUAUUUUAAUUUAAAGUUUUGUACAUGUAUAUUUUACCUACUUAAAUU